AGUAGGCCGUUCGCGUACCGGCAGGCGCAGGCGCACAAGCUGCACUGAGCCCGCUGUCUUCUGCCUGCCUCUUGGCUUCCGUCACCUUCUUCCCGGACCCUGGUCACGGCCCCAGUGGGCGGGUGGCAGGCGCCAUGGAGAGUGCUAAAGGUGGCAGCCAGACUGAGGAGUGCCCCCCGGCGCAGGUGGGCGCUGAGGGCAUCUCUCCGCAGGGGCCUCCGGAAGGACAGGGACAGGUUCUUUACCACGAGGAAACCAUCGAUCUGGGUGGGGACGGGUUUGGCUCUGAAGAGAACGAGACCGUGUCAGAAGGCUCCAGGAGUUUCGCGGGUAAGCUGACCGAGCACAUGAUGGAGAGCGUGCUCAUCUCCGACUCGCCCAAUAGCAGCGAAGACGGCGCGGGUGACCUUGGCUGUCUGCAGGACGUCAUGGAGCCAGUGGAAGGCAGCGCUGACCACAGACUGGAAAACGUCACAGGUAAGGAAGAGAUGGACACUCUGAGUAAUGGCAGCGAAACUGAUGGGGACGACACACCCAAAGACAUCUCAGACAUGACCCCUGAUAGCAGAGCGUCUUUGAAAGAAGACUCGGCACAAGAGGAAGCGAAAGGCACGCCUGAGUUCAAGGGCGAAGAUGCAGAGGACCCGGCGCCCAGGGGUGACGAGGCUCCCUCAGAAGAGCAGGUGUCGGGGACGUCUUCCAGCCAGGCGUCUUCCAAAGACGAGCCUGUCCCCGUGUGCACCAUUUUCAGCAAGUCCAGUUCGGCUCCUUCCCAGCCUCACCUGUUCCUGCACGAUGGCUUCGAGUCUCAGAUGGUGAAGUCGCCGAGUUUCAGCAGUGCCAGUGAGACGGCGGCCAGGACGCCCCCUCAGGUGGUGCAGCCCAGUCCCAGCCUGAGCAAGUUUUUUGGAGAUACGAUCAACACUAAUUCGCUGGCCUCUGACUUCUUUGAUUCCUUCACUACUUCCUCUUUCAUUUCUGUCAGCAAUCCCAACGCAGGCGCAUCGGUUCCAGAAAAACUGUCUUCGCUCACUGCUCCAGUGGGAGAAACCUCCCCGGACUCCACUGACCCUUCUUGCUCAGCAGGGGCUGAAAGGUCAGAAUCAGGUGUUUCCACGGCUUCUCUAGAAAUUCUCGAGUCUCCAAAACCGUUUUCACAGAUACAGGCCGUAUUUGCGGGGAGCGAUGACCCCUUUGCCACGGCCCUGAGCAUGAGUGAGAUGGACCGAAGGAAUGACGCCUGGCUGCCCAGCGAGGGGACCAGGGACAUCCUGACGGCAGUCGCGACCCAGCAGUACAGCACCGUGUUCGUCGACAAGGAGAACCUCACCAUGCCGGGCCUCAGGUUCGACAACAUUCAGGGAGAUGCAGUUAAAGACUUGAUGCUUCGCUUUCUGGGUGAAAAAGCUGCAGCAAAGAGACAAGUCCUAAACGCCAGCUCAGUGGAACAGUCUUUUGUUGGGUUGAAACAGCUCAUUAGCUGCAGGAACUGGAGGGCCGCCGUGGACCUGUGCGGACGCCUCCUCGCGGCCCACGGCCAGGGCUACGGCAAGAGCGGGCUGCCCACCAGCCACACGACGGAUUCGCUGCAGCUUUGGUUUGUGAGGCUGGCACUACUAGUGAAGUUGGGCCUCUUCCAGAAUGCUGAAAUGGAAUUUGAACCCUUUGGAAACCUUGAUCAGCCAGAUCUGUAUUAUGAAUACUACCCUCAUGUAUAUCCUGGGCGCAGGGGCUCUAUGGUCCCCUUCUCGAUGCGCAUCUUACACGCAGAACUUCAGCAGUACCUGGGGAAUCCGCAGGAGUCGCUGGACAGACUGCACCGGGUGAAGACCGUCUGCAGCAAGAUCCUGACCAAUUUGGAGCAUGGCUUGGCUGAGGACGGCAGCGUGAGCAACAUGACCCCAGAGAACAGACAAGCGUCCGUCCAGCUGUGGAGGUCGCGGCUGGGCCGGGUGACGUACUCCAUGGCCAACUGUCUGCUGCUGAUGAAGGACUACGUGCUGGCGGUGGAGGCCUAUCACGCGGUGAUCCGGUGCUGCCCGGAGCAGGAGCCGCAGCUGCUCAGCGGCAUCGGCCGCAUCUCCCUGCAGAUUGGAGACAUAAAAACAGCUGAAAAAUAUUUUCAAGAAGUUGAGAAAGUGACACAGAAAUUGGAUGGACCACAGGGUAAAAUAAUGGUUUUAAUGAACAGAGCCUUCCUCCACCUCGGGCAGAACAACUUCGCAGAAGCCCACAGAUUCUUCACCGAGAUCCUGAGGCUGGAGCCCACGAACGCAGUGGCCAACAACAACGCGGCCGUGUGCCUGCUGUACCUGGGCAAGCUCAAGGACUCCCUGCGCCAGCUGGAGGCCUUGGUCCAGCGGGACCCCGGGCACUACCUGCACGAGAGUGUGCUCUUCAACCUGACCACCAUGUACGAGCUGGAGUCCUCGCGCAGCAUGCAGAAGAAGCAGUGCCUGCUCGAGGCCGUUGCCAGCAGGGAGGGGGACAGCUUCAACACGCAGUGCCUCAAGCUGGCGUAGUUCACCCCCGGCCGCUGUGUCGCUGCCUUCCGGAACAACCUGGAUCUUUGUAAACUGUGUACAUAGAGCUAACGUAUUCAUGCAACUUUAGGGAAGUCAAUAAAACAACAUCUUUUA